AUGGUUGCAAUUUUCAACUUUCAAAGUUUAUUAGUUGUAAUAUUAUUAUUUAUUUGCACAUGCACAUAUAUUAGAGGGUCCUAUCCAUCACUUUUAGAAGUUAGAGAUAAACAUAGUUUUAGUGGUUUACCGAGAAAAGCUGCAAUUAUAGGUGAAAGAUUAUCUCCAUGGGUUUCAGCAUGUUGUCUUAUUAUGGGUUUAUGGACAUUAUAUAAUUAA